AUGGGUCUAGAUGCUUGUGGGAAGACAACGAUGCUCGACAAGCUCGCUUCUUCGGAGGUUGUCACAACCAUCCCAACGAUCGGGUUGAACAUUGAAACUGCAAGCAUCCAGAUCCCAGCACUCGCUAGAAGCGGAAAUAAGCAAAAGUUCGCCGCUCGGGUUACUGAUACUGGUGGAUGCUCAAAGGUCUUUCCCCUCGUACGACGAAUGAUGAUGGAUGACACCGUAUCUGGAAUUGUGUGGGUCAUCGACGCAGCCGACGGAGAUAGGCUUGCGGAGAGCCCUGAAGAGUUAGGGAUCUUACUUCCUAAGCUGGGGGUGAAAGACUCGGAUAUCGCUCCGUCGAUUCCCAUCUUGAUACUCGCCAACAAGAUCGAUCUGCCCGACAGAUUAAGCUCAGACGAGAUUCGCGCCAAGUUCGACAGUCUCCUUGAAAACAGGCAUUCUGCAUAUUUUGAAACAUGUUUCACAGCUCCUCUAGCUUCUAGUGGACUCCCGGAAGCUUUCGCUUGGCUCGGCGACGCGAUCACUUCAGCAGCUACAGGAGGACCAAAUAAUUCGGAGACUACGACAUUAGAAACCAAGAAGCCCGUAGAAAAGAUACUCGCAGAAAUGCGCUCUCCUGUAGCGCUAUCCGGUAACCUUGAGGAAUGGCUAUUAAGAGCAGAGAAAGACAUUCCUGCCGAGACACUUGUACAAAAGUUCUACACACUUGAUCUUCCCAGCUGGGAUCACUAUACUCACCUGCGUUUGGCAUACAUACUGCUUCUCAAGUUUGGCCGAAGACAAGGCAAAGACAAGAUCUUCGAAGGAUUCAAGCUGUACAUUGACAAAAGCGGCAAGAUCCAUGGGAAGUCUUUCCACAUGACCAUGACUUACUUUUGGGUCCAGAUGGUCCACUUGGGUAUAGCAAGCAUGGGCGUGAAUGUGGACUUACACACGCUCAAAGCAGAGGGCACGGAGAAAGACCCGCGCCUGGAUGAUUUUAGAAGGUUUUUGAUGGUGAACCAGUACCUAGUUGACGGGCAGCUAUGGGCUGAUUACUACUCGAAAGAGCAUCUGAUGAGCUCAGAAGCAAAGGAGGGCGUGGUGUUUCCAGAUAUCAAGGGACUACCGGAUGUGCUAUAUACCACAGUUGCGAAGCCUGGGACGAAGGAGAGGGACAUCAUCUCGGCAUCAAGGACGGCUUUGGUCUGA